AGGGGGGGGGCGUGGGACGAGGGCAUGGUGCCCAGCGGGCAGCGGUCCAGGACUCUAGAAGGGGUCUGAGCCGGCUCUCUUCAUUUCCCACGCACGUUUCCCCUCACCCGCCGGCACCCACGGCGGCUCCACGCGCGAGUCCUUCGCGGACAGCCUCCCGCACAGCCACAGCGGCUGCCACGCACCACGCCCCGCACACGCAGUCACACGACAGGAACUCACACCCCUUCACGCACACCCGCACCGUUCACGCGUCUCACUCCACGCUGAGUCCCCGUCCGCUCAGACCGAACAUGACCAAAGCCAUGGCCUGACCGAAGGAUGGCGGCGGCGGGGCAGAGAGGCCGUCCCCAUCCUAUAUGGUGGUCCGGUUCACUCUUCCCUCCCCGCCUUGGUGUUACUCAUGGAACCCCCCUCUCACGGAGGGCACAGAGGGGCUGUUUUCUCCCACGGCCCUCGGAGGUGACAAAAUCAACAAAUGUUUGAGAGCCUCAAAUCUCCUUCCCCCUGUCCCCCCGGACCCGGUGGCCCCUGGGGAGACCCUGCCGCCCUACAGGUGUGAGGACGCCCAGACUCUGCGACUUUGGGGCCUGCGGGCGGCUCAGGGACCGGAGACUCUUAUUUUGAAGGACGGCCCCCGCCGCCACCCCCGUGAUUUGCACGCUGACCCAAUGGCAAGCCCUUGGCCGGCGCUGGGCUUGUUAUCAAUUACAUGUUGUUCCUGCAGCCGCUGUGUCCCCGGGAGGAUAAACAGCAGGCCUGGCCGGGCCAGGGGAGGGGGCGGAGUCCGGCGGCCAGCCGGGGACUGUGCCCGGAACAGCGUGUCCCCUCCCCCUGCACGCAGCCUGCGCCUCUGGCCGCCCCACGUGCUGCUGUGUUUCAGGGGCCGAGCCAGCUCCAGCCCUAGAGUGUCCUCUCUUUAAUGCCGGUGCCCUGGGACAUCCCAGAGCCCUUUCUGGGUUCUCAGUGCCUGGGUGCUUCCCCCUUGAGACGUUCAGCCCAGCAUUUAAGACCCUGUUGGCUGACCUGGGCCACCCAUUCCUAGUCUCCGACCUCCCCCCCUCUCCCCCGCACCUUCCAUUCACUCAUUCAGCAAAUUUUGCCCGGUCCUGUUUUAGACUCUGGGAUAUGGCCUUGGAGUGAACAGUCAGGACAGCUGAUAUUCUGAUGGGAAGGUAGACAGGGAGGAAAGUUCACAAACACAUUACCAAGAUAGUUUCCCACAGUAGAAACUGCAGGGAAGAGUAUAAUAUAGGAUGAUGUAACAGAGUGGGCCUGGAGGCCCCCACAGGGGUGACUUCUGAGCCGAGAUCUAACUAAGCAGCUCCCACCUGCAGUGCUGGGGGAAGAGCCAGGGCAGUGGCCCUGGGCUGAGGCUGAAGUGAAGUGAGCACACCUGGACUAGGAGAGGGGCAGUUGGUGGUGAGGUCUGCAGAGAGUCCCAAAGGCCCAGGUGCUGGGCUGCUGCGAGGAGAUAGGGCCACCUGUCCUUGGGAAGCCAUUGGAGGGUGUUUCCUUCCAGCCCCCCUAUUGUACUUUUUAGAUCACUUUAUCUGUCAAUAUCUGUUUAUAUCUUUAAAAGGUAAGGCCUCCUUUAACCACAAUAUGAUCAUCACAAUUAAAAAUAUUAACAGUAAUUACUUAAUAUCAUGGGAUGGCCAGUUAGUGAUCACAUUUCAGGGGAGGGCUCUAAGGCCUGCUCUGGGUCCAAGGAGGGCUGGAGGCCCCUGAUUCCUUAACAUCACAGUAGAGGGGCAGAGGCCGCACGUUUGCCGUGCCUGCAGGCUGACACCAAUGGCUGGCACUGGCUGAGUGCUGCCGGUGUGCCAGAUCCUGAGGGGGGUGCUUAGCAAGCAUCAGCUCACGGAAUUCUCACAACACCUGAGGAACCAGGCACUGUUGGAAGCACCCCCAUCUCACAGACUGAGACAGACACAGAAAGGCUGUGCACCUGCCUGAGGUCACCUGGCAGACAACUUGCAGACUCAGAAAUGGAGCCUCUGCUUGGAGGGUGGGAAAGGGUUGGGGGAGGCCCAGGGUGGAGUGUGGGCUCUGCCCAGCCUUGUGCCCUUCACAGUGUCUAGCAUUCCUUCCCAGCACCUGAUUUGGUGAAUAGGUGCAUUUUAAAACAUAUUCCAGGUUUAAAUCCUUAGCUGAGUAUUUAAACCAAAAAGCCAAAUGUCCUCCUAGUAAAACUGGCCUGGGGCACAGACCUUGCCUUAGUUUCCUGGAGCUCCGUGAAGCUUCCUGGUUAAGUUGGGAACUGAGGCUAAAGGUCCUGGGGUCCCUGAGCAGGAAGAGACUUAGAGAUCUUUGAAGCAUGGAACAGAUGAGGAAACUAAGGUUUGGGAAGGGGAGCAAGGACUUGCUCAAGGUUGUAGCUGAUGAUGGUAUUGGCCAUUGGGCAGUGCCGGGUGCCAGGCCCUGAAGGGGUCCUGGAGACAGAGGGGCUGGGUGUAGAGGUGAUGCUGGGCAGCAGAGAACCUCUGACUUUGGUGCAGAGCAUUCCCCUUCCCCAAGCUUGAUAAACACCCAGCCUGCCCUGGUCACUGAGCAGGGACAAAGGUUCACAGAGGUGGCCCCGUCACAGCUGGACACUAUUGACUCUCCUUGGCACCAGACCUAGCAUGUCCUUUGGCUUCAGAGGAUGCAGCUUUCCCUUCUCCUCUCUAUCAAAGUUCUCUGAGCCCCUCCUGGGCACCAGCGGCCAGUCCAGGCACUGGGGACGCAGCAGAGACAUGGAGUGCACUGUCUCAGGGGGAGACAGGCAUUAGCUGAACCUUCCCAAGGCGCCGCCACCGGCACGGCCAGGCCAGCAUGGUGGACCACUUACUUCCAGUGGACGAGAACUUCUCGUCGCCAAAAUGCCCAGUUGGGUAUCUGGGUGAUAGGCUGGUUGGCCGGCGGGCAUAUCACAUGCUGCCCUCACCCGUCUCUGAAGAUGACAGCGAUGCCUCCAGCCCCUGCUCCUGUUCCAGUCCCGACUCUCAAGCCCUCUGCUCCUGCUAUGGUGGAGGCCCGGGCACCGAGAGCCAGGACAGCAUCUUGGACUUCCUAUUGUCCCAGGCCACGCUGGGCAGUGGCGGGGGCAGCGGUGGUAGCAUUGGGGCCAGCAGUGGCCCCAUGGCCUGGGGGCCCUGGCGAAGGGCAGCGGCCCCUGUGAAGGGGGAGCAUUUCUGCUUGCCCGAGUUUCCUUUGGGUGACCCUGAUGACGUCCCACGGCCCUUCCAGCCUACCCUGGAGGAGAUUGAAGAGUUUCUGGAGGAGAACAUGGAGCCUGGAGUCAAGGAGGUCCCUGAGGGCAACAGCAAGGACUUGGAUGCCUGCAGCCAGCUCUCAGCUGGGCCACACAGGAGCCACCUCCAUCCUGGGUCCAGCGGGAGAGAGCGCUGUUCCCCUCCACCAGGUGGUGCCAGUGCAGGAGGUGCCCAGGGCCCAGGUGGGGGCCCCACGCCCGAUGGCCCCAUCCCAGUGUUGCUGCAGAUCCAGCCCAUGCCUGUGAAGCAGGAAUCGGGCACGGGGCCUGCCUCCCCUGGGCAAGCCCCGGAGAAUGUCAAGGUUGCCCAGCUCCUGGUCAACAUCCAGGGGCAGACCUUCGCGCUUGUGCCCCAGGUGGUGCCCUCCUCCAACUUGAACCUGCCCUCCAAGUUUGUGCGCAUUGCCCCUGUGCCCAUUGCCGCCAAGCCUGUUGGAUCGGGACCCCUGGGGCCUGGCCCUGCCGGUCUCCUCAUGGGCCAGAAGUUCCCCAAGAACCCAGCCGCAGAACUCAUCAAAAUGCACAAAUGUACUUUCCCCGGCUGCAGCAAGAUGUACACCAAAAGCAGCCACCUCAAGGCCCACCUGCGCCGGCACACGGGUGAGAAGCCCUUCGCCUGCACCUGGCCAGGCUGCGGCUGGAGGUUCUCGCGCUCCGACGAGCUGUCGCGGCACAGGCGCUCGCACUCGGGUGUGAAGCCGUACCAGUGUCCUGUGUGCGAGAAGAAGUUUGCGCGGAGCGACCACCUGUCCAAGCACAUCAAGGUGCACCGCUUCCCGCGGAGCAGCCGCUCCGUGCGCUCCGUGAACUGAAAGCGCCCUGAACCCCAGCCUGUCCGUCACCCCAGAUCCCCACCCCAGCCCCAUUUUUUUAAGCAAUAAUUUAUUUGCCUCCUCCGGAGGGACAUGGCAAUGUUACCAGCCCACCUUCUGAAGCCUGGGAGGUGUGAACCCAGGGCCCGCCAACCGCUGCCUUUCUCGGGAGUACUUAGAGCCUCGAACCCGCGUCCCUGGGGGCUGGGCCCCCGGCGCACGGGGCUGGAGGCAGGCCUUCGUGCCUUCGUGCCUUCGUGCCUUCCCGCGGUGGCCAGGCCUCUGCUGCAGCCGCUGGUUGCAGACAGAGUUUUGGGGACCUGGCCCUUCUCCCACUGGGCUCCCCCAUCCUGGGCCAAGGCCAGAACUUUAGUGCUAGGGGAAGAUGAAAUGUGCAGUUUUGAAAUGUUGGGUUUCCAGAGAGAGUCAUGCUGGAGGAGAAGGAAGUAGGCCAGAAGUCCAGGGCUGCACUGUGGUGUGAGGGUGGCUUUGUCUAAGAUGCCUGCUCAGCAUGAUCACCAGAGGGUGUGGGCAGGUCCCUGGAGGCGGGGGGCAGGACCGGGCCGCUGGGCCCUCAUGUGGGAGAGAGGUGAAAAGUGUCCCCCACUAGGGGGCUGGCAGUGCAUGUGCUUGAGUUAAAUGUGCAGGGCAGACAGAGCCAGAAGCGCCUGUACCCAGGGGCUCGUCCCCUCCUCCGGUUUCCCAGACAAAUCCAGACACCAGCCUCUAGGGUGGCCUUGGGAGGAGAGGGCCAGGCUGUCCUGGGUGUGAGAGAACUAGAUAGAGCCUCCCAACCCUGAUUUAGAAAUGCAUUCCUUAUUUUGUCUAGAAAUUAAUAAAUGAACUAGCUUGUUUUGACAGGUUUAUUUCACAUCCUAUGAAUGUAUGUAAAUAAACUGUACAUAGGUCCAUCCACAUAAAAUAUCUUUUAAUAACAUAUCAACAUUUGUGUAAAUUUGAAAUUUAAAAAAAUCUAUGAAGCUGGUGUACAUAUGUUACAAUUAUGUAUAUUUUCUUUGGUCCUUCAUAAAAAUAUAUUUACUUUGCCAAUAAAAAGAAAAAGAACUCACA